AUGGAAUCAACACUAGAGAAGAUUGAUUUUGAAUCUGACGAAGAGAGCCCGUUAACUUUAUCACAAUCCGCAGGUGCAAAGCAAUCUUUUCAGUUCGAGACAUCAUCUCAUACAUCUAUCCCCAAAUUCCGCACCCUCAGAAAGCUUCAAUUCACCGCUUUCCAUAGCGUGUAUGUCGUCUUAUUCAAAGCAAAGAUCAAUGUCCUGCUUCCCUUCGGACCUCUGGCAGUAUUGAUGCACUACAUGACAGGACGACAUGGAUGGGUUUUCUUUUUCAGCUUACUGGGAAUUACACCUUUAGCUGAACGGCUAGGUUAUGCAACCGAGCAGCUUGCAUGUUAUACAGGGAAUACAGUUGGAGGAUCCAUCUUAUCAAACAUGCUGUUAGUUCUUGGAUGUGCUUUCUUUACUGGUGGCAUUGUGCAUUAUCCAAAAGUUCAACGUUUCAACCAGACAGCUGCAAUAGUUAGUUCAGGGCUGCUGCUGAUGGCUGUAAUGGGAAUCCUCUUUCCAGCUGUUCUUCAUUUUACACAUACAGAAGUUCAUUUUGGGAAAUCAGAAUUAGCACUUUCAAGAUUCAGUAGCUGUAUCAUGUUGGUGGCAUAUGCAAGCUAUCUUUUCUUCCAGCUCAAGAGUCAUGCUAAUCUUUAUGAUUCUGUUGAUGAGGAAAGAGAAAACAAUGGUGAUGAACCUGAAGAAGAAGAUGUCCCUGAAAUUACUAUGUGGGAAGCAAUUGCUUGGCUUACCAUUUUAACAUUGUGGGUGUCUGUAUUAUCUGGAUAUCUUGUUGAUGCCAUUCAGGGUGCAUCAGACUCAUGGAAUAUGCCAGUGUCUUUUAUCAGUGUAAUCUUGCUUCCUAUUGUUGGUAAUGCUGCUGAACAUGCAAGUGCCAUAAUGUUUGCCAUGAAAGACAAGCUUGACAUCACACUUGGAGUAGCAAUUGGAUCUUCAACUCAGAUAUCAAUGUUUGUGAUCCCAUUUUGUGUGGUUGUGGGGUGGAUCAUGGGUCAACCAAUGGACUUGAAUUUUCAGCUCUUUGAAACUGCUUCUCUCUUUAUCACAGUUUUAGUCGUGGCAUUUAUGCUACAGGAAGGAACAUCAAAUUACUUCAAAGGGUUGAUGCUGAUUCUGUGUUAUCUCAUUGUUGCUGCAAGUUUCUUUGUACACAUUGAUAAUAAAUCAGAUGAUGACUAGGUAGGUGGAGAUGAUGAAGUGUUGUAAUUUUGUGAGGGGAGGCUACACAUGUAUGAUCAUAUGGGAAAGAGCAUCAAAAAGGAAGGAUAAGGCUAAGGGUAAAAUUGUCAAAAUGAUUUAUGAAAUGAAGCCGAGCCUGCGUUACAUGUUUUCUUUUAACUGUUCUGUUAUCCAUUGUCAAGUACAUGUAAAAAUCCGUAUGUUUCCGUUUCAUACAACACAAUUUAAUGCUAUACAUUUAAUAAACUUCUUUUUUGGUUCGAUUCUUUGGUAAACAAUCAAUUUUGAAGUGUCUUAGGUUUUGAUUUUAAUGUUAGGUUAAAGAGUAAAUUACGAAAUUGGGUUCGGGUUUGGUCUGAGUUUUGUCAUUAUUUCAUGUGAGUUUAUGGUAUAUAUUACUCAUAUUGAUAGAGAAAAAUGCAUGAUG